GUAUUAUGCGUGCAUAAAGUCAUGUGCUUCUCUGUCAGCGCAGAUGCCCAGGGCCAAUCCAUGGGUGUAAGUCGGCUGGAUGUGUUUUACAGAAGACUUCUCCUCACCAAGCUUUUCAUCGGUGGAUGGGGGAAGCCUGAAGACCUGAAAAGAAUCUUUGAGUUUCGAAAGAUUGUUGGAGACAGAGAGAAGUGCAAAACACUGGUUCCUGUGGACUAUCCAGUUUACAUCAACAAGACAGAGGAGCUUGCUGACUGUCGCAUCCAUGAUGGGUUCUUCAUCUCUCCACUGGAGCAGCUGGUUCCAGGAAUCCUGCCCCCAGAGGCAGUGAAAGCCAGAUUCCAGUUCAUUGAACCCAAACGGUGGAAGAAGAACCGGCCAGUAUGUAUCCAGUUAGCUGGAACUGGAGACCAUUUUUUCUGGCGCCGUCGGACCCUGAUGGCCAGGCCCAUGAUCAAGGAGGCUGGGAUGGCAUCUCUGCUUCUGGAAAAUCCAUAUUAUGGAUACCGUAAACCCAAAGAUCAGCUGAGGUCGUGUCUGAAGAACGUGUCGGACCUGUUUGUGAUGGGAGGGGCUCUGAUCCUGGAGUCUACUGUGCUUCUGCGCUGGCUGGAGAGGGAAGGAUACUGGCCCCUGGGAAUGACCGGCAUCUCUAUGGGGGGAUAUAUGGCGUCCCUGGCGGUGACCAACUGGCCCAAACCCAUUCCUCUGAUUCCAUGUUUGUCGUGGUCCACAGCCUCCAGCGUGUUCACCACGGGUGUGCUGAGCAGAGCCGUGAACUGGGCGGAGCUGGAGAAGCAGUAUGCCGUUAAUUCAGUGUACGAGAGGGAAAUCUUCAAGCUGCUGGAGUAUUGUGGGGUGGAUUCAUAUAAAAUGGGAACAGAAGUGCAGAGGAGGUUGGACUCGUUAGGGGAUCUGCUUGACCUUCCUGGAGGUCUCCAGGUAUCAGCGGGUCGGCGCUUUAACGUGGACAUGCAGUGCGCUACAAGUGGCACCGCCGAGAAGCAAGGCAGUGGAACAAACACUCCACCAAGACCCCCGAGUGCUCCCAGCGUGGGCCGUGGGAGGAACAUGAACUCUGCCACCUGCUGUCGACCAUCACUGCAGACCGAGUCCAUCAGCUUCAUGAAGGGAGUAAUGGAUGAGUGCACGCACAUGGCCAACUUCUCUGUCCCAGUAGACACCAGUCUGAUCAUCGUGAUCCAGGCCAGAGAGGACGCCUACAUCCCUCGGACAGGAGUCCUCAGUCUGCAGGAGAUCUGGCCCGGAUGUGAAGUCCGUUACCUGAAUGGAGGACACAUCAGUGCCUACCUGUUCAAACAGAACUUCUUCAGGAAGUCCAUCUAUGAUGCAUUCGACCGGUUUUGCCUGAAGUAUCCAAGCUCUCCUUAGCCUCAGGAGGCCGAGGCCAGCGGACCUGAACCAUGGCGGGAAAGGAUGAUCCCACCGUGCACUUCCUGUUUCCUCCUGCUGAUGUGUUCUGGUUCUGGAGGAUCAGGCUCCUGUAGAAACAUCUGUUUUUCUGGGUGGUGUUUGGAUCCUAACCUUCCCUCCUAACAGAAACGUCUGGAUCCACCAAUGAAAUCAUGAAUGUGGAGUAAAUUCCUGAAGGUUUUAUUGACGCAGCGUUUCCUGCGCAGCUCGCUGUGAGAACGUCCAUCAGAGUGGAAUAUUUUACAUUUCAUCACCUUUUGUAUCUGAUUUUUCUGAAAUAUAUUAAGGCUGAAUAAUAUAACCAAUCUGAGUGCCA